AUGGAAGAAAUAUUCGAACCUGAACCUGAAAUAAUACGUCCUGUUAAAUAUUUAGCUACAUGCUCUUAUAUAGGCAUGAAUUAUUCAGGAUUUUAAACAUAAAUUUUAAAUGGUAAGAGAAUCCCAUCUAUUUAGGAUGCUCUUUAAGAUGCUUUAAAAAAAAUUACUAAGCAAGAUACUCCUAUUCAUACAUCAAGUAGAACUGAUUAAGGAGUCAAUGCUCUAGCACAUCCAUUCGUAUUUAUUAUAAACAGAAACUAAAAUUAAAAAAUAUUAGAGCCAAGUAUUAUAAAAAAAUCAAUGAAUAUGCAUUUGAAAGAUGCCAAGCAUUAAAUAAGUAUUGAAAAUAUUUACUAUGUUCACCUUACUGAUUUUGAUGUUAAAGCUAAUAGCUUAAAAAAAGAAUAUAAUUACUUCAUUGAAGCAAAUUUAAAAGAUAAUUGGGCUAAUACUUUUUAACAGCAUAAGUAAGUUACUACUAUGACUGAAAGAAUAGACUAAGAAAAGCUAAAUUAAGCUCUUCAAUAGUAUGUAGGUACUCAUAAUUUUCAAAAUUUUACAAUUAAGGCUGAGCAUAUUAGCCAUUUUGGUUGCUAUGUUAGAACUAUUGAUUCUAUUACAAUUGAAAAUUAUUCACAUCCUUUCUACGAGGAAGCCUAAUGCAUAAAAAUUAUAUUUAAAGCUAAAUCAUUCUUAGCUUAUUAAAUUAGAUUUAUGGUAGGUGAAGCUUUGUAAUAUGCUUUAGGAAAGUUAGAUUUUGAUUCUUUUUUAAAACUAUUAGAUCCACCAAAAGAGCUAACUCCCUAAGAGGUUCAUGAAAAUAAUAGAAUUAGAGCUUAACCUAGAGGUUUAAUGCUAAAAAGAGUUGAUUAUCCUCCUGAAAUGUUAUCUAGUAAUCUUAAAGAUUUUUAUCCUUAAUAUUGUUAAUGA